CGAGGCGCCUCUGGGUUUCCGUCUCGCAACGCUCCUCCACACGGACACGUGAAUUCAGCCGAACUGCCAGAACUCCGUAAACAUGGACUUCGUUGAGGUGCCGGUGUCUGAAGAUGUGCCGGUAUCUGAAGAUGUGCCCGCUAAGAAGAGUAAAGUUAAAAAGGAGAAGAAGAAGAAACUGAAACGGGAGAUUAAAGAGGAGAAGGAGGAACAGGGGCCAGAACCUGAACAGCCCUCAGGAACCCUCCUGCCCCCCUCCUAUAGCCUGUCCGAGAUCAAGAAUAAACAGAGGAGGCACCUCAUGUUCAUGAAGCUGAAGCAGGAGAAACGCAAGCUCAAAUUGGACUUAAGAAAGAAAAGAAGAAAAGAGCGAGAAGCACUUGGUGACAAGGCACCACCAAAAGAAGUUCCAAAAACAAUUGAAAAUCAGAGAGUUUAUGACGAGACGACGGUAGAUCCAGAGGAUGAGGAGGUGGCUUAUGAUGAAGGCACAGACGAGUUUUCAGCAUACUUUAACAAACUGACGAACCCCAAAGUUCUUAUCACUACGUCAGACAGACCGAGAGGGAGAACAGUACGAUUUUGUGAACAAUUGGCAUCAGUAGUACCAAAUGCACACGUGUACUACAGGAGAGGUCUUGCACUAAAAAGGAUCAUUCCUCAGUGCGUAUCUCGAGAUUUCACAUACCUCAUGGUCAUCAAUGAGGACCGAAAAGUGCCUAAUGGAAUGGUUCUCUGUCAUCUUCCAGAUGGACCAACUGCGCAUUUUAAAGUCAGCAGUGUUCGACUUCGUAAAGAGAUGAAGAGAAGAGGUAAAGAACCAACAGAACACCACCCAGAGGUCAUCCUGAACAACUUCACCACCAGACUGGGCCACAGCAUCGGGCGCAUGUUUGCUGCACUAUUUCCUCAAGAUCCGCAGUUCACUGGUCGCCAGGUUGCCACUUUUCACAACCAGCGGGACUUCAUCUUUUUCAGAUUUCACAGAUAUAUUUUCAAGAAUGAAAAGAAAGUAGGCAUUCAAGAACUCGGACCCCGUUUCACCAUGAAGUUACGCUCCCUGCAGAAAGGGACAUUUGACUCCAAGUAUGGAGAGUACGAGUGGGUACAUAAGCGUCACGAAAUGGACUCAAGCAGAAGAAAAUUCCAUCUUUAGGAAUAUGUGAAAGAUGUAAAGGACACGUGAAAAUCAUUUCUUUAUUACUUGAUUCAUUGCUUAUAAUCAGUCUGUAUAAAUGUACUGAUCAUAUGAAAUGUAACAGGAUCGAGUCUGUGCGUGAUUGAAAAACUGUCACAAGAAACUACUUGUGACAGUACAACUGUACAGUUAGUGUAAAAUUAAAUGCUGUCACAUCCCCA